AUGGCUAGUCUCGUGGCGCUGCUCUUGGCAUUUUGCCUGGGGACGAAGCACGCUCUCGCCGCCGGGCUAUGCGAUGCUUCCACUUUUGCUGGAGUGCUCCCGGAAAACGCGACAGUCAGAUCAGCAGAUCAUGUUGCUCGUGGUGGAACAUAUGGCGAUGGUCUUCUGGACUUGAAUUAUCCGAUCCAGCCAACUGGUCUUCCAGAACUUUGCGCAGUCACAAUCUUGGUCAACACCUCUUCGACAUCAUCCUUCAGGUUUGGUCUGUUUUUGCCUACCGUUUGGAAUAACAGAUAUCUUGUCGUUGGAAAUGGAGGUUUCGGUGGCGGUAUCAACUGGCUAGACAUGGGAAAUGGUGUAGGUUACGGGUUUGCUGUCGUGUCUACUGACACUGGGCAUAAUUCCAUUUCGACCGACAUUGGCUGGGCCCUAGACAAUCCAGAGAAGAAGGAAGACUGGGGCUGGAGGUCUAUCUAUGGGACCACCAAUCUGGGCAAGGCUCUCGUAGAGGCAUACUAUGACAAACAGAUCGCCUACUCUUACUAUCACGGAUGCUCAACAGGCGGUCGACAAGGACUUAAACAGGUGCAAAUCUCCCCCGACAGCUUUGACGGUGCCAUCAUUGGCUCUUCGGCAUGGUAUGUAAGCCAUCUCAACCCUUGGGUCACCAAGGUUGGGACGUACAACUUGCCCUUCAACGCGCCCAAUCACAUCAACGCAAGUCUGUUUCCGGUCAUGGCUGCCGAAGCUGUCAAGCAAUGCGACGCGCUGGAUGGUGUCGAAGAUGGUAUAAUCAGUGCUCCAUCUAAGUGCGCUCCAGACUACACAACAAUUUCAUGCGACAAGGCUGGAGCAAAUGUUUCUGCUUGCUUGACAGAAACGCAGAUCCAGACGGCCAAGAAUGUGUACGCCGACUACCGUUCGAGUUCGGGAGAAUUGCUCUACCAUGGUCUGCUCCCCGGAUGCGAGAAUCAGUGGUAUCUGGUUCUCAACCAGAACGAUACGAGCCCAUACGGAAUCAACUAUAUUCGGGACUUUCUGUACGAUGACCCGUCGUGGUACUGGACCGAGUACAAUGAUAGUGUUGUCUACGAUGGCGAGAGGUUGAAGCCCGGCCACGCAACGGCAGACGACUACGAUCUUUCCGAAUUCAAGGAGCUCGGCGGCAAAAUGGUCAUCUACCAUGGCCUGGCCGAUGGACUGAUUCCACCAGACGGAAGCAAGUAUUACUAUGAGCAGGUGGCAGAGACCAUGGCAGAUGGUGAUAUCUCAGGGAUCCAAGACUUCUUCCGCUACAUGGAGGUUCCUGGAAUGGGACAUUGCUGGUCCACAUCCGUCGGCGCUCCUUGGGCUUUUGGCGGCGGUUCGCAAGCUGCUGCGCUAGGUACCAAUGUUUGGUCUGUACCGGGAUUCAAAGAUGCCCAGCACGACGUCCUUUUGGCUCUGAUGCAAUGGGUUGAGAAUGGCACAGCGGUUGAUUCAGUCGUAGCAACCACGUGGCAAAACCCGACGAACGCAUCAACACCAGUGCUGCGGCAAAGGCCGCUUUGUGUGUACCCCAAGGUCGCAAAGUACGACGGGGAAGGGGAUGUCGAUGAAGCUACGAGCUGGAGCUGCGAGUAG